AUGGUUUCCGGGCUCGGACUCGUGUUUAUAGGUUCCAUCGUAGGCGCGUUGGGCGUACUGGAACCUUGUGUGCUUGUAGAUGACGGCGUUUCGGUAACUGUCGUAGUUUCGGAGCUAGUCAGCGUGAUAGCGCUUUCCGUUGUAUGCUCGGAGUGGUCGGAAGCGACCGUCGUGCCAUACGUGUCUUUGGUUAUGGCGGACGUCAUGGUGGUGCUUGAGCUCACAGUUGAACUUGUAGUUUCAGAAAUCCGUAUGGAGGUCGGACUCGGAGACGCUGAGUAUCCCCCGCUUGAUCGCGUGGCUGAGCUGGUGGAAUCCGGAUGU